GCAUGUAGACAAAACCACCAUAAGCUCUUUUGAGUCGCAUCCCAUUAACAUAGCUAGCAGCUGCAAUAAGCAAGAGGAAAAUAAUAAGCAUCAUUAGUCCAGUAAUUCACCAUGAUAGAGGACAAGACAAUGUAUUCUACCUUCAUCUGCUACCACGUCCACAUGGUUUUCAUUGUCAAUGACUUCAAAAGAUACAUUCCCUAGCCAUAAUACAGCUGCAAGCAGUGCUAAUGCACGUUCUUGAUAUUCUUGAGGAAUCUGAACAGUGUUGAAAGCUUCCUACAAUAACAAAGCCAUCUCUAACAAAAUAAGAAAUUACAAAAAAGAUAUGGCAUUUAGUCCUUCGAAAACAGAGAAAGUCACAGGAAACAGAAGGAGUUACCAUCAAUUUGUGAAAUUUCUGAGAAUCAUCAAUGCGAUCAAUUGUUAAGCAGUUGCUCUGGUUCAAAUAAUUGUAUUCACUUGCUGCUUUAAGCUUCAAUUUCUCUGCAUAUAAAAUCAUAUAAGGAAUGUUCUAGCAACUUCAAGGUUCUCAGCCAUGAGUACGUAAAGUUAUAUAUGUCUACAUUUUACUUUAGCAGGGACAUUUCCAAACAUAUCAUAUGCGCCUAAACCAAUCAAAUACCUGAAUCAGUUCUUAGAUAUUUCGGUUUAAAAUGUUACCUUUAAGAAUUGGUGAAGCCGACGACGCAUUCUUUAUCUGCUCCACCGCAAGCGCCAAAAGCCGAUCGGUGGCCGCAGCGGCUGAUUACUCAGCGACACCGAUCCAGCUCCAAGCCAUCGUCCACUACGCGACCUUCACCAUAACCCCCACAACAAAACAUCCACGAGAUCUCGAUCUUCUUCAACGUCUUGAAAGAGCUAGCUCCAGCCAACUUACUCGUCUUCAGUCUGGGAAAAUUUGAGAAGUUUUGACGGAGAAGACGAUGAAACAAAAGAGAAAAGAAAAGAAAAAAUCUUGUGCCUUCUUUUACUGACACGUGGUGGAAAAACACACUUCAAAACCGGUCCCAGAAAACCUUAGUUAAGGAUCGGUAAGCCCAUUUUUAUUUUGUUUUGAUUUAAUUAAAUGAACUAUUUUGCUUAAAAACUCACUUAGAACCUAGCGAUAAAGAUGGUCUUAUAUUUGAAAAUAUUGUAUUAACGCCAGGGAAGUUCUUAACUAAUUUUCAUCUUAAAAUUUCAUUUCUAUUGACGAAAGACUAGCUCAAAACCUUAGUCUUCCAUCAAAAAGUCCUCCAGUGGACUUAGUCACCAAAUGAAUAGAAAUCAUUAGAAUCUCAGUUUGAAUCUUCGCUGUUCUAGGAAUUAUAUUACUCAAUUUGUAUAUUUUAUCACAAUGAUUGAAAAAUCGUACAAAUGGCUGGUGGAACUACUGUACCAUUAGAUAAGCCGGAAUAAUUGAAAGAUAUGUAGGACCAUCUCCAAUGUUUUGUUUUAUUUUUUUUUACUGUAAAAUAAAGUAAUUUAGAGUAGAAAAUAGAGUGAUGAACAAACAAAAAACAAGUUAUUCUAUAUGGAGUAAACUUAUUUUUCACUUUAUUAUAGAGUGAAAAAUAGAGUAUCAUGAGAGUAUUUUUACUUCAAACUCUAUUUUAAAAUGAAAAAUAGAGUAGGGUUGGAUCUCCAAGAGGACUCUAUUUUUUCUUCUAUAAUUUACACUAAAAUAGAGUAACACCUAGAAAUAAUAGCUAAAAACAUAUUCUUUCUGUUUCUUAUUACUUGAUGUUUUACUCCAAUGCACAAAAAUUAAGAAAAAAUAUUUUUUUAUCAAAAGUAUCAUUAAAUUAUAAUAUAAAAUUAGUUUAUUUAAUUAUAAAUAAAAAUAAGAAAAAUCUAAUUGGUUACACAGAUUUUGAUAAAGUUAAAACUAUAUAGAUUUGUACAAACUUCAUCUAUUAUGAAAUAACAAAACUUCUUUAAAACAUCAAGUAUAUUGAAACGGAGGGAGUACAUCAAUUGAAAACAGACACAUCGUAUUCACUAACUCCAUCAACCGAGUAUGUAUUGUAAUAUUUUUAUCUUACAAUAAGAAUCUGAAUAUAUACGGAUAGAUAUUAAAGCAUUUAUAUAGAGAGGAUCAUGUUUGUCGUAUCUAUAUAGUGGUAUGAACACCAAGAUUCUCUAGCCUAUUUAUAAUUCAGUUUUAAUUCACAAAUAAUAAGAAACUAAAAACAAGAUGUGCGAGAUAUCGAUAGAUCAACCUAUAUAUUCCACAAUUCAUGUUCAUUUAGAAAAAUAUUACUUGAGUCUAUGGAGUGGUCGAUAAAACAGGAAACAAAAACUACUACUAGUAGUAGGAUAAAUUCGAUGCAGCACCAACUUCGAGCUUUUAGUCGAUAUAUUCUACACAAAAAGCUAGUUGUAGUAUAGUAGUAUAGUGUGAUAAGCUUGAUGUAGCACCAACUUUGAGAUUUUGACUUUAAAUAAAUGAUAGUUCUUCGUAUAUAUCAGUUGCUGAGUUACGUUUGAAAGUAUAUUAAAAAUAUUUGUAGGGUAACACUGAUGUUAUGAUCGGCUGGUAUGUGAAAAAUUGAUAUGUUUCCAUGAAUAAUAAAUAUAAAAGAUGUUUGUUCAGCUUGCUAGGAUCGGUUUUGUUCAUUUUGUUUUUUGGCAUGUCUAAUUCACUUAUUACCAAUAAAAUUUUGUAAGAAAUAAACAGACCAUUUGUAAAAAGGGGUAAAUGGACGAAUACACAACAGUAACAUUUUUGGCCAAAAAAAAAAACAUUUUUGGCCUCAACAAUAGUAAGUUCUUAUUAUAGCUAUCAAGUUUGAAAUAUUUUUAUAUUUUAAACAGGGAAACUAAAUGUAAAACGAAUAAUCCAAGACCAUCUCUACAUAUUUAAAACUAAUAAAGAGAAAAGGUAAAAGGGUAGUGAAAAUUAUGGGGGUUAAAGGUGGGGGAGACGUGCAUGUGUAUAAUAAUAGAUUAGAUGUCUUGUGGCCUUGUGGGUUAAUCGAGUAAUUGAAAAAUUGGGUGGCAUCUUUGGCUUCAGAGAUUCUGUUCCCUUUGGUUGCGUUCACACUCUGAAGAUCCCUCUCCAAGUGCCGUAUUCACACUUCACUUCACUCGGCUUCCUCCUAGCUCGGCUCCAUCCAGAUUUCUAAAAUUACUAAUUUGAUUUAAUUUGUGUAUCAAAUUUCAUAUGUUUUAGUGUUAUGGUAGAUAUCUUAUAAAGUUAUAAUCAAUCGUAGUUUAUUGUUAACGAACAUGUUAUAAAUUUACAUGUUAAUAGAAUUUUGUUUUAUUAAAAUAUUCUUAAACAAAAAACAUGAACCCAAUUCUAAAAAUAUAAAUAAUUAGGGACAAAAAUUAAGUUUGAGUAGUCAAUGCAUUAGAUGAGUUACAUUAUUCUGUAUAUUUUGGUAUAUCUAGUUACAUAUUUUACACGCAAAAGAAAAUCUGAUAAAUGAAUUUUUGUUCAUAUACAAAUAGGUUUCCUUCAAAUAAUGAAAAAUACGGGAGUUUUGGACAAUGAAAAUGGACUAUUGGAUCUUGUCAUUAUAUAUUCAUGCUUUACAUGUUUCUCUUUAGCCAUGUGCAGUACAAACUUUCGUGUUUAUUUCUGUUUUCGUUAGACGUCACGUUAGGUAUAUAAUACAAUUAUCACACUUGUUCUAUUAUUCCCUUUAUCAUGGGCUUUGCAUCUUCACCGACACACUAGAAAAUAAAAAAUUAUAGAUCAACAAAAAUAUCCAAGCCGACCGACGAGCCGAGAAAAGACACAUGGAACGUGGAAAGGGUGGACGAAGCGCCAAUAGUGAAAAAAUGACAAAAGCUGGUCAUGUUGAGUUCAACAAACACAUGUCCACGUAGGACGAAAGUCAUAUAAAAGCAGACGUGGCAAAUAGUAUAUGUUCUUGUUGCAUUUGAUCUAAUCUUUUUCUUCUUUUUAUAUGAUUUUAAAAUCCCACCACCUUCUACCUACGUCUUAUAUAAAUCAUCUCUAAACCACACUUGACACUUACCUCUAAAGACAAGAAAAAGGAAAGAAUGGGGAACUGUCUAAGACAUGAGUCAGAAAUGCACUGGGCUGGUGAAGAUUGGGAUGAUUUCAUCACACAAGAUGAAGAAGAUCAUCAUCAUAGCUCCAAGAAGACCUCCACUAAAGCUAGAAAAACAGUAACAGUUAAACGAGAAAGUAAAUCAUGUGAUCCGUCUCAUCAUGAGAUCAAGAUCAGGCUCACGAGGAAGCAACUCCAAGAUUUACUUAAUAAAGUCAACGUCCAUGACUCGACCGGUUAUGCAGCGCCUGAUAUUGAUCGUACAAAUCAAGAAGGCAACCAGUACCGGUUAUGGAAACCAGUUUUGCAGAGCAUACCAGAGGUUGACUGAGAGUUUCUAAUAGAUGAGACCAUGUUGUAUAUUCUUUAGGGGUAGGAAUAGGAUGUUGAUGUAAAUUUUGAGUUUUUGUUUUUGUUUGUAAAUAAUUUAUAAACAUAAACCUUGACCGGUGGGGUAAUAAUACAGACUACUCGAUUAGUAAUCUA